AUGGAAGCAGUUUAGUUUGAGUUCGUUUACUCCAAACAAGACUAGCCUUACAGUUCAUCAACGGCUAGGUGCUUCUUGCCCUGUAGAUUUUAUUGCUGUCAGAGUUGAGGAAGCACAAAAUCUCGCAGUUAAGGGUGAUCUUCACCAGAACUUCGAUACAGAGUUUUGUAGUCUAAAGUGUCUUUGAGUGAAACCGAAAGUGAUCCUAGUGUGGAGAAUUUGAAAAAUAAAAAAAUUCAAGAAAAAUGCCAAUCAACGGAAUCAUGGAUUUGAAUCUGCGAGUGAUCGAGGAUUUGAACAUAUCCAGUGGGUCGGAUAGCGCAGGCGUUUCGGAGGACGAAGAUGUCCAGUUGUUCUACAGCGCUGGAAAUGUUGUCUCUUCUAAGCCGUUGAAAAAACCCGCCUUAAAAGGUAAAGACGACGAUUGCAACAGGAUCGCCAAAGCAGCCGAAAAGCGUUACGCCAGUCUUCCGAACCGUGAACAACACCAACAAUUUCUAACAGAUUUUUUGUCGGAAGUACUGAAUGGAGCCGUUUUCAAUGCCACCGAUCGUGCCAAUAAAGUGCUGAAUUGGGUUGAUCCCGCCGAAUUGAAGCGCUCGCUCGAUCUCAGCUUGAAGCAGGAAUCCGAUUCGGACGAGAAGCUCCUCGAGUUGACGCGAGCGAUCAUCAAUCACUCGGUCAAGACUGGACAUCCGUAUUUUAUGAAUCAGCUAUUCUCAUCCGUUGAUCCGUACGGAUUUGCCGGUCAGGUACUAACCGAUGCUUUGAACCCUAGCGUUUACACCUUCGAGGUGUCGCCCGUUUUUGUGUUGAUGGAGGAAGUUGUGCUGAAAGAGAUGCGCUCAAUUGUUGGAUAUCCUAACGGUGCUGGAGAUGGUAUUUUCUGCCCGGGAGGUUCGAUGGCCAACGGAUACUCGAUCAGUUGUGCUCGUCACAAGUUCAUGCCGGAUGUAAAGACAAAAGGUUUACAUUCACUUCCGCGGUUGGUUAUUUUCACAUCUGAGGACGCGCACUACUCCGUGAAAAAACUAGCCUCGUUUAUGGGCAUCGGUGCCGACAACGUGUACCCGAUCCGGACGGACUCGAUCGGCAAGAUGAAGAUGGAUCAUCUCGAGGCAGAAAUUCUUCGGGCCAAGUCGGAGGGUGCGCUUCCAUUCAUGGUAUCUGCUACUGCCGGAACAACGGUGAUUGGUGCGUUUGACCCGCUGGAGGAAGUCGCCGAUCUGUGCCAGAAACACAACCUGUGGAUGCACGUGGACGCUGCGUGGGGAGGUGGCGCACUCAUGUCCAAGAAGUAUCGCAAAUUGCUCAAAGGAAUUGAAAGAUCGGACUCAGUUACCUGGAAUCCACAUAAGCUGCUCGCCGCCCCACAGCAGUGUUCCACCUUCCUGACACGACACGAGAACGUUCUGACCGAGUGCCAUUCGACAAACGCCACCUAUCUGUUCCAGAAGGACAAAUUCUACGACACCCAGUACGACACUGGUGAUAAGCACAUCCAGUGUGGCCGCAGGGCCGAUGUGCUCAAGUUCUGGUUCAUGUGGCGUGCCAAGGGAACUUCCGGCCUGGAACAGCACAUUGAUAAGGUGUUCGAGAAUGCCGAAUACUUUACCGAUACCAUCAAGGCCCGCAACGGAUUCGAAAUGGUGAUCGAGAAUCCCGAGUGCACGAACGUGUGUUUCUGGUACGUUCCUCCAAGCCUGCGGGACACCCCACGGGACUCGGUUGAAUUUGCCGAUAAACUGCACAAGGUUGCCCCCAAAGUGAAGGAACGCAUGAUGCGCGAGGGUUCCAUGAUGAUUACCUAUCAACCGAUCCACGAUAAGCCCAACUUUUUCCGAUUGGUUCUGCAAAACUCUUCGCUGGAUAAGUCCGAUAUGAACUACAUUAUAGACGAAAUCGAACGGCUCGCUGCGGAUUUGUAAAUUCCGUUAGAGAGAGAGAGGAAGACGUUUCGUUUUUAUCGUUAGUUUUAAAGAUGAUUGUUAAAUGUUGCAUAUAUGGUUUGUAAUCAAACGAUAAGAGAAUGUAUUUAUUGAACGCAUUGACCUAGCUGUGAAACAAUAAGAGUAGGUUAAUCGAUAAGUAUAUUUAAAAAACUUAUUUUCAAGAUACAGAGAGGAAGUUAAUUGAAAAAUGAAUAUAUUUAAGGAAAUUCGCUAUGUACAAAAGCAGAUGCACAAUAAAAGAAAUUAAAAGCAA